AGCGGGCGUACUUCUACUGCGCUGCACUUUGAUGGUGUGGCAAACCCAUGGUCAUCAGUCAAAGAGCGGGAGUUCCCAAUGGCUUCUUUGGUUACAGAAAUAUUAGCAAAUUCAGGUUCAUUGGAGAAAGAUGACCUGGGAACUAGACUGCGUAAGCUCACCAGUAGUGUUGAUGAGAUUAAGUCUGAGGUUUACGAUGCAGUGAAGAAGAAGUAUGUUGAAUUUCAGCCAAGCCUUGACACGGCACUUGAAUUGGAAAACAAAGUGAACCAAGUGUCCAGUGAAGUGAAUGCACUCAAUGAUCAAAUCCAGAAUGAAAUAAAGAUGGAUCUGAAUAUGUCAACCAGUGAUUUGCAAGAUAUAACUUUGAGCCAUGCAAAAACCAAGGCAAAAAUACAGGUGCUAUCCACGUUGUGCAAGAUUCAUGAUGGGUUACAGUUAUUCAAGAGUUCAUUGACCUCUCAAGAUUAUAAAGCUGCAGCUGAUAAUUUGGAAUGUUUAAAAAGUGACUUGUAUAGUUUGAUUGGAGAGAACCAGUGUGAGUUCGAAAUUGUGAAGGCAAUCAGGACGGAAUUGACGGUGCAUCAGGAAACUCUUCUUCACACUCUGGGAGAAAAUUGGAAACAAGUUGUAUCAUGGAAAUCGCCCAAGAUGGAGCUUCAAAUAUCUCAUGAUGACCUCCUGCAAGACAUGGUAGUGGCAAUGCAUAAAGUUGGUAUUCUGAAUGGUAAAAUACAGACGUUCGGUAAACACCUACUGGAGCAUGUUUUCCUACCGAUCGUUACCAACCCAUCGGUACAGUGUGUAACUACUGGAAAAUCAAAGACAACCAAAAUAACAUUUAAGAAAGUGAAUUCAGAUGAUUCUUAUGUUCAACCACAAAAAGUCUACCAAGAAAUUCUGAAGGUGCUUAGGGGUCUUGAGGGGGCGCUGUUAGAAAUAAAGAUAACCAUUGGAGAAGAUGAACAAAGAUCACUGAUGUCUAUAUUAGGGAUGUCAAUAUGGAAGGACCUGUCGGAUCUGUUGAUUAAGGAAUGUCUUGUCAAAUCUAUUCCAACCACAAAUGCCCAGUUAACUGGAUAUAAUUCGGUGAUAACAGCAACAGAAGAGUUUGAGAAAUCAUUGGCUAAACUUGGGUUUGUCUCUGAUGAUGUUACACCUUUGUUGUCAUAUGCUAAAGAUGUCAAUAUCCACUUUGCCAACAAGAAAUGUAGGGAUAUAUUAGUUGAAUCCCGCAAUCUGAUGAAACAAGAUCUGCACAAUACUGUCAUAGUUGGAGUUGUUGAGGAUGAAUGCAAUAAUCAGGGGGGACAACAACACAUAUCUGGAAAGGAUAAGAAUUUGCAUGGAGAAGAAAUGAGGAAAAAUUAUGUAUCACCAGGAACAUUUCAAUUUCCCCAAUGCAGGAUCUCCAUAACAACGCAGCAGCUUGUGAACCUAGCUUACGAGACAUUGUUUGAAGCAACUCAAAGCUCACAACAAUGUGCGACUCAGCUUUUCCAAACCACACGUAGCAUGUUCGAGUUGUACUGCGCAGUAAUACCAACGUACCACAAAGACAGCUUAGCCAAGUUCCCACAGCUUUCAGCUCUACAUCACAAUAACUGUAUGUACAUAGCACACCACUUGCUGACCCUAGGCCACCAGUAUAGGGAUCAGCUACCACCGCCCCUCUGCCAAGGUUCAGCCACAUUUGUUGACGAAAUUCCACAAUUCCGUCACCUAGCAACUGAUUGCUUUAUGGAACAAAUGCGUACACAAAGAAACCAAGUAAUUGAAUAUCUGAAUGGUGCUGGUAAUAUGGAUCAAGUAUCUAGCGGAGAGAACUACAAGACGACAGAAAGAUCAUUUAAACAGGUGCUGCAUCAGUUGGUUCAUUUGCAUGCAGUGUGGUCACAUGUCUUACCAUCCAGUGUGUUUAUCAAAGUAAUGGGAACGCUUGUAAAUACAGUAUUCCAGCACAUAGUUGAUAAAAUUGUUGCUUUAGAGGACAUUUCAACUGAUGAUGCAAAUCAGUUACUCGCCUUGAUGACAAUGCUCUUAGAAAAAGUCCCGGAAACAUUACAACCAGAAAAUACACAGGUGGUCGUAGUAGAAGCAAUGGUUAUACCUCACUGGGUUACCUACAAAGAACUCAUGUUUAUUCUUGAAGCAAGUCUUCAGAAUAUUGUCGACCGAUGGGUUGAUGGAAAGGGUCCAUUAGCAAUGGUCUUCCAACCAAAUGAAGUCAAAGGCUUGAUAAGAGCUCUGUUUAAAAAUACAGACAGGCGAGCCAAUGCUUUAGCAAAGAUCAGGCUUUGAAAUAUGACACCACCGAAUAAGGUAGUAUAGACAUUAGAUACAAGAUUCUUUUAUUGUCAAAGUAAAAUUCAUUUUCUUGAUACUAUUAACAAAUAAUUGAUUGCAUGUCAUAUGCUUCAUGUACAAGACUUUCAGCUGCUCAGUGUGAUACACAUCAUAGAUUAGCGCCAAUAUUGAUUGACGGCCAAGAACAGUCUUGAUUAAAAGUGUCAAUUUCAACUGGAAUUCUGGUAAAUACUGAUGAAUUGCGGAAAUUGUGGAUGUACGGAAAAGAGAAAAUGCUAUGGAAAUAUAUCAUAUAUCAGCUUUGACCCAGAAACUGUAGGACUACACAUUUAAACAUCCAUGACAAUGAGUUUUCCAUUUGGACUACGGUAACUUCAACGCACUUAUGGCUAGACUUGUUCCUGGACUACUCCGACUUGUCAGAUUACUGAUAAAUUAUUGUGAAACCCAAGAAAAAGUGACUGAUAUAUCUUCGUCCAGUCCAUUUUGUUUAGAAUUUCCCUGCUAUGCGUGAAAUUUUGAGCAAUACAUAUUUUGCACUCAGGAAAAUCAGGUGCUACGUAAAUUUUACAUUUGCUAAGGGAAUUUUUAUACAUAUAAUAACUGAAAUGUAUUUUACAAAGUUGAGAACACUGGAAAAAUGUUGAAGUAUUACUCAUCCAAUAAUAUGAAAGGGCACAGAUUUUGUAAGAAGAGCAAAACAAUGAACCCAUAUGGGACAACAUGACAUAUAAUACUAUAUCAAGAAAACUUGACUCAUCAUUCAAAGACGUCAUACAGUUCUAUAUUUGAGUUACAGCAGCAUUUUACAAAGGUCAGAAUCUUUAUAUCCCUAUUCUAUGAACCUUGCAAACAGACUUUUGAACAGAUAGCAGUUAAUUGCUUUGUUUAUAUCUAGAAACAUUACAUUUAUGCAGUUUGCACUAAAAAAGGGGUUUACAGUGGAAAAGCUUGCCUUUGAGGGCUCCAGGUUUUAAAGCCAUAUGUGUGUAUUACAACAGUGUGCUAAAAAUGUACUACAUACUGUAAUACAUUUUAAAUUUUAUUUUAAGGGAUCAUCUUCAAGCUCCAUUUUAUCACAUCUUUACACAAUGGAUGCUAUAGAUUAAUGAAUUUUAUAGUUUAUUAUAUAGUAUAAUAAUAUAUCGUUAUAUUAUUAUUACUGUAACUGUGUAUUACCUUAACAUGUUGAUAUUCUACUCAAGACAUUCAUUAAUACAAUUUCAUUGUAAGAUAUGUGGAGAGAAAUAAACAAAUAACAAUUAUGAAA